AUGGUUUGUGGUGUGCUCGAAAGAUUCCCAGAUAUUGGUAGAAUUGAUGCUUUCGACUGUGAUGCCGAAUUGAUCGCCAAUGCUCAAAGUAUGCAAAGAGAAAAGUUACGUUGGGAUACAGGAUCAAAUGUGAGGUAUGAGAAAAUUAAAUUCCAAGUUGCGAAUUGGAUUGAUGAGUCCACUACUAUUGAUGAACCUGAGUACGAUACCAUUAUGGCGUUCAGUGUUACGAAAUGGAUUCAUCUUAAUCAUGGAGAUCCGGGUCUCAUGAGGUUUUUCAGACGUGCCUUUAACCUCCUGAAACCAGGCGGACACUUGAUUCUGGAGCCACAACCUAAAUCUUCGUAUAAAAGAACAAGGAUGACGGCUAAGCACAGAUCAAAUUACGCAUCGCUAAAAAUAAAUCCUUCAAAUCUGGAACCUUUACUAGUUGAUCUGGGUUUUUCAUAUUUCGACACCAUUAAAGCCCCAAGACCUAAUGAACCAUUUCGGCGCAAAAUUAUCCUGUGUUCAAAAUCUUAUGGAGCGACCCCUGCCUCAAUACGUAAUGAUUUACGUUCUGAAGUACAAAGCUGGCAGGCCUUUAGUUCACCUCAUAGUCCACAAAGCCGUGAACCUCCACCGGUGUGUUAUCUUCCACAAACCCCCGUAUAUAAUUUAGGCACUCCACUUACAAUAAACAGUUCUCCUACAAACAGACAUCCAUCUGUUUCUAGUACAGUUUUGAGUCCUAUUGUUUUACCUAGUUCUCCACUUGUUGAGGUUGUAAAUCCAGUCUUAACUCCUAAUUGUGAACCAGAUUCGACGUCAAAUUGA